UACUUGUAAUUUUGUUUUGUAAGACAACUUACAAUUAACCGGUGGUCCUAAUUUUAGGCUGAAAAGUUAAAGUGACACUAUUUUAAUUUCUUUUGUUGUUGUUAAAAAUGAAUUGUAUCAUCUCACCCCACAAGAACAAAACCUUACCGCCAACCCCAUUCAAGUAAAAAUCCCAAAACCACAAAACAAAAGUCCUUUCCUAUUUUCCACCAAACUCCACUAUCUCAAAACUGAGUUUUCAGCUGCCAUUCUCUGCAAUCUCUGACUCCAAAAUCAUCCCUUUUCCCCAUGAAAUGAAAUCCUCUUCCAAUUCCAACCCCAACUUCUUCUACCACAAUGACCAUACUACCCCUCCCCAAAACCCAAAUUCCACUCAACUCCCUCCCCAAUCCCAAUCCAACGCCGCCCUCACCAUCCAAUCCACCUACCGAUCCCACCGCAUCCGCACCCUCUAUCGCAAAAUCUCCACCGUCGACUCUGAAGCCGACCACCUCCAACGCCUAAUCCAGCUUCAAGACACGGUAGACUUAAUCCGCAACAACCACUUGGAAAAACUAAAAAUGAACGAAGCACUCAUGAAUCUACUUCUCAAGCUCGAUUCCGUUCCCGGAAUCGAUCCAGCCGUGAGAGAAGCCAGGAGAAAAGUCACCCGUCGGAUCGUGGGUUUACAAGAGAUACUCGACUCUGUUUCGGAAGCAAAAGUUGAUGAAUGCGAUUGGUGGUCGUUGAACAAUUGGGAUCAAGUUAUUGAACAAAUGGAAGAAAGUAUUUGUAGAGAGAAAGGUGGUGAUGAUAUGGAGAAGUUUUGUGCUCAAAAUCUUGGAUUUCGGUGCUUACAAAGAGAUUUGGGUAGCAAGUAUUGCAGUUACAUUUGUUGAUACAUGCGUACUUUAAUCCGCCAUCCCAUAAGCAACGAGCCAUGCAGUGAAGGAUUGGUGUGCAUGAUGGACAACUUGUUUUCAUCUGGUAAAAAAUGCAGUCUUUGCAUCCUC